UGGGGAAAAUAAUGGAUUCAAUGAACCUGAUACUCGUUUUUGGUUUUGAGUGAAAAUAGAAAGGACAUUAGUGCUGCUAUCCCUGCCUAUUUGAAAUGUGCAACAAACCCCAAGUGCUGAAGGGAUAGUGGAGAUUACUAAAACUAUAUUGUAUAGAGUCAAUCACAAGAGUUAAUCACGCAUGUGUGUUGUUGUUUGUGCUCUCUUCUUCGGAUUUGGCACCAGUGGUUUAAGUUUUAUCACGUCAUCUCAACCGAAAUACCUGUUUUAGGUUUGCUCUGCGUGCUGUCCACGACUGCAACCGUUCAUUUUCAAUGAACGUGAAAUUGCGCACUGUCAUCAUCAAUACAAGCAUUUGGACCAUUCGGAAAGGAAAAGUAAACAUUUCCAUGCGAGCUGCGGAACAGAAUGGAACAGACUGCCAAUAUAUUUUGGAGUGCGCAGUAAGGAUAGCUACCCUUGCAUAGACUAUGCUGUACCUGGAAAACAUAUUUGGAUUAACAGAUGAACAGUAGGCUAUUAACUAACCCGCGCUCGCUCCACAGGACCGCUAUACGCAUUUGCCUUUUAAAACAACGGACGCAUUGUCUCGACAAGCAGUGGGAUUUAUAAACCGAAGAUGGGUAUUUGUGGAUACUUUACCGUGUCUUGGAAGUGCCUGGUGGUUCUGUCUUUCAGACUGCUGUUUCUUGUCCCCGCAGGUUUGCCUGUCCACAGUCAAGGGGAAUCCCAAACCGAUAGUAAAGUGAUGGACAAUAUUACCGUCAGGCAAGGCGAAAACGUCUUUCUCAGGUGCGCACAGGGGGACAUCGUCACACACACGGCCUGGCUCAACCGGUCGAGUAUACUGUACGCCGGCGAGGAUAAGUGGUCUGUGGAUCCCAGGGUGAGCCUGGUUACACUCAAUCAGGAGGAGUUCACCAUCAAGAUUGAGGACGUGGACAUGACAGAUGAAGGCCCGUACAUCUGCGCGGUGCAGACGAGCAGCAGACCGAGGACGACGUCAGUGCACAUCCUCGUCCAAGUGCCCCCCACAAUCAUCAACUUGUCGAAGGACAUCGUGGUCAACGAAGGCUCCAACGUCACCCUGAUGUGCCAAGCCAGUGGCAAACCAGAACCCUCGCUCACCUGGAAACUCCUCUCUCCCUCAGUUGACUUGGUAUCGGAGGACGAGUACCUGGACAUCCCCAGUAUCUCCAGACAGAGAGCGGGGACAUACGAAUGCACCGCCAUCAACGAGAUCGCCACAGACGUCCAGACCGUGGAGAUCACAGUCAACUAUGCCCCCAGUGUGUCAGAGGGCAGAGACGUUGGCGUGACCCUUGGCCAGAGAGGGGUGCUGGAGUGCGAAGUGGAUGCGGUGCCCAAGGCGGACUUUGAGUGGUAUCGAGACGACAGAAGGAUCUUCAACGGUUUAGACGGCAUGGAGAUCGAGGACGCCGGGCAGCUCUCCAAGCUGACCUUCUUAAACAUCUCAGAGGCAGACUACGGCAACUACACGUGCAUCGCCAUCAACAAACUCGGCAGCUCCAACGCAAGCUUUGUCCUGUAUGAGGUUAUUGAGCCUACUAGCUCAACACUAGUGCAAGAGGGGUCAACCAAUGUGUUAUUGUUGACUUCAUCUGUGUUAGAAAAGACAACCUCUGAAACCUUUGCAUUACCGGCAGGACCCGGAGCAGUGCAGGAUGGGAACAGCGGCUCGAUGGGGACACGCGUACACACCUACACCUGUCUACUUCUGGUCACCCUCCUUCCGUUUCUGCUCAAGUUUUGAUGCAGUGGGCUUUCUGGCAUCCGAGGGCAAGGUUGCAUGUUUUGUGUGUUUUCUCUCACCUGGAACCACAAACGUGAUGCACAGAGUGCAUGGGCUACCCUACUACAUCAUGUCGAACCGCUAAAAAGUAUUAUGUAACAUAUACUUUUAAAAUUAAUUUUAGUUCAGUUUUAAGGACAUAACAAGUUGCUUUUUUAAAAUUUGUUUAGUUUCACCUCCCAUUAUGAUAUGAUUCUUAAAUGUUUAUUCAUGUGGGUCUCAAAAAUAGGCCUGUCCGAUGUGGUUUGUCUGUUAUUUACAUUUAAUUUAUCUCAAUUUCCCCUGACUGACAGUCGUCUUAGCCCCGAGAGUCUUAGCCCCAAGAGUUAAGUGUACGAGGUGAACUAAACAAACACCUCAAACACAGGCAAGGACCAGAAGGACUGAAAUCCCUCUAGGGCCUAAAAGCCUGUAAUCAUGUUUGUUUUUGCUGUAAUUAUUUCGGAUUCUGAUACAUUCACAAACCACAACGGUUAAGAAGAAAUGGAAUUUUGACAAAUGUUCUUCUUCCUCUCAUCAUUGUAAAUUGUGAUCUUUUCAGUUGUUUGUGCUAUGCUAUUUUUAUGUUGUUUCUAACACAUAUAUUGAAAGGGGUAAAUAAAAUAUAAAAGUUGUAUUUAUUUGUGCAAAGACCAUGUUUGUCUUUUCUUUUAACUUGCACAAGUCUAUACAAUGUGGUUUGAAGAAUAAUUACUUAACUAGUUAUGAAUGGAAAGGGAGUUUAUUUCCAUUUUUGUGGACAUAUAACUUCAGCUAAUGUAAUCACUUGCAAAGUUUAUUAAUGUCUCUACAGCUGGUGUUACCUUAAGGUACUUUGUAAGUUAUAAUGUAUUUACAAUGGUCAAUUCUGAAGUGUUCCCAUCUAAACUAACCAGUGCUGGUAGCUAAGGAGUAAGAUCGUGUCCAAUAGCAACUCUAUGGAUCACUCUAAGUGCAAAUCCUAACUUCCACUUCAGUCACUUACUGAUGCAUUGAUGUCAGUGGGAGACUAAGUGAAAAUUGGACUGAAGUGGAAGUUAGGAUUCUCCUCUGAGUUUCUCAGCUGUUAAUAUCAGUAUUUUUGUACGGUCAUUGUUUUGAGUUUGUUCCAAAAUACUCUCUCAUAACCAAUAAGUAUUAACUGUUUGGUUGUGUUGAACUGGUACGUUUUGACUGGAAAUUCAAAUAGAUUGCUUAUAUUGUCUCCCAAUAGAGUGCAGAUACAUUAAAAUAUUCUCAUACAGUGUGGUAUACCGAGUUAAAUAACCAGGGUUGAGUUUGGAUUGAUUUGAAAUCGGGUAUAUCUUCUAGUCGAUGUCUCUGUGACACUCAGGAGCUACAAUAAAACAUUCUAUAACCAUCCACUUAAUUUUACGCAAUUAGAUUUUGUUUAACAGGCAAGCACAAUCCAUGCUCCAUGAAAUCACUGAACAAAAAUAUCAACGCAACAUGUAAAGUUGGUCCCAUGUUUCAUGAGCUGAAAUACAAGAUCCCGGAAAUGUUCCAUAUGCACAAAAAGCUUAUUUAUCUUAAAUGUUGCGCACAAAUUUGUUUACAUCCCUGUUAGUGGGCAUUUCUCAUUUGCCAAGAUAAUCCAUCCACCUGACAGGUGUGGCAUAUCAAGAAGGUAAUUAAAGAGCAUGAUCACAGGUGCUCCUUGUGCUGUGGACAAUUAAAGGCCACUCUAAAAUGGCAGUGGGCGAGCAGUUUCCUAAUGUCAAAGUUGUGAACAGAGUGCCCCAUGGUGGCGGUUGGGUUAUGGUAUGGGUAGGCAUAAGCUACGGACAACGAACAAAAUUGCAUUUUAUCUAUGGCAAUUUGAAUGCAUAGAGAUACCAUGACGAGAUCAUGAGGCCCAUUGUCGUGCCAUGCACAGCCCCAUGUCACAAGGAUCUGUGCACAAUUCAUGGAAGCUGAAAAUGUCCCAGUUCUUCUAUGGCCUGCAUACUCACCAGACAUGUCACCCAUUGAGCAUGUUUGGGAUGCUCUGGGUUGACGUGUACGACACUGUGUUCCAGUUCCUGCUAAUAUCCAGAAACUUUGCACAGCCAUUGAAGAGGAGUGGGACAACAUUUCACAGGUCACAGUCAACAGCCUGAUCAACUCUGUGCGAAGGAGAUGUGUCGUGCUGCAUGAGACAAAUGGUGGUCACACCAGAUACUGACUGGUUUUCUGAUCCACACUCCUACCUUUUUUAAAGAUAUCUAUGACACACAGAUGCAUAUCUGUAUUCCCAGUCAUGUGAAAUCCAUAGAUUAGGGCCUAAUACAUGUAUUUCAAUUGACUGAUUUCCUUAUAUGAACUGUAACUCAGUAAAAUCUUUGAAAUUGUUUCAUGUUGCGUUUAUAUUUUUGUUCGGUAUACAAGGAUUUUGCCGCUUUCUGUGCAGUGCAUCAACUCUUUUUCCCAGUUUAUAAACCACAUAGCAGUUUCUCCUCUUCAUGAUCAUUUUUUAAACUUUAUUAAAAUAUCUGUGCCCAUAUUCACAAAGCGUCUCAGAGAAGGAGUGCUAAUCUGGGGUCAGUUUUGCCUUCGAAAUGAAUGUGUUGACAUGGACAGGGGGGAAUUGAUCCUUAACAGCACUCCUACUCUGAGACCCUUUAUGAUUGCUGACCCUGGUCUUGAUUUAUUUCAGUCUGUCCUCUAAACACCCUGUUUUCAAUAGAUACAUGUACUGCAAUGUAAAUGUAAGCAAGACCAAUGUUCAGAGUAGCGUUGACAGAUGUAAUAAGGGAUGGAUUACACACAAUGAAAAGGGAUAUACUUGCUGUGGUAUUGCUAUUCCACAGUUCUCUGACAGGACAUUGCAGACACACUUGAAUGUUCAUCUCUCAUCGCUGUCUCCUAAAUGAUUAAUUCCUGUGUUGGUUUUAAUGUUGCCUAUAUCAGACAAAGCACUUGUUGAGCUCAUGACAAACAAAUCCUAAUUCAGAGGUCUUAAAGGUAGACUCAACAUCAUGAACAGCGGGGAAACUUCCUGCUUUCUCCCAGAAAUCAACAGCAACAAAAUCUAAUCUGCCAGGACUGCUGGUAUUGCCUCUUCCUUAAGUGGGAAUGCCUCAAGGAAGGUGUCCGUUUUGUCAGUCUUCUGUUGUUGAUGUCAGCACGCGUGUACGAUGAAGUCUGACUUUAAUAUUGUAUUCACAAAUGUGGAGAAAGGGAAACAUUUAGAUUUUUCAAACCUGUGAUGCUGCCAUCAAAAUAGGCCACAUUACAUCCGAUAUAUGGGUGCAUUUAUCACACAUUUCAAAUGGGCUAUGUCUGUGUGAGGGUCGCAUUGAUUUGAUAAUGAUUAGAAAUAUACAGCACUGCAAUUUAGGAUUCCCAAGGCAUCGGCAUCAUUGUAAAUUAUUCUUGAACUUGGAUUUCAUUUGAAUACAUUGUUCCAUAUGGCAGAGCACUUAGCUAAUAAAGUGAGAUAGCGCACCUAUUAUCCACUCCACACCGGCAUAAUUUUUUUAACCCCAAAUCCAUUUAGAAAUAAAUACCACAUGAGUAUUACCCUAGUAAAAUAGGUAUUCAGACCUCAAUGGGAUAAAUAAAGGUUAAAUAAGUACCACAUAAUUAUUCAAGUGUUCUACUGUGGUAAAUGUACUGAUAAAACAGAUCCCAAUGUCUGUUGAAAGAUAAGGUCAUUCUAGUGACUGAAACUAUAUCAUAUGGGCUCAAUGAAGGCCAUGCUAAGGGUAGAUUCAAUAAAACUUGUCUUACUUUUUUUGUAGUUGUUUUAAAACAUAUGUACAGAAAGCAACAUCUGGGGCUUCUGAGAAGUCCACGGUAUAACCAUUGCAGAAACUUAUUUCCAAUUAUUAUUUUUGACUGAGCUUAUAUUGGACCUACCCUAUAGUAUAGUGCUGUUUGUGACGUGACAUUUAAGUAUGCAUUGGAGUUUGGUUUAAUUUAUUUUUGAAUAGGGACAUUAGAAAUAGCAGUGAAUUGAAACAAAAUUGUAGACAUUUACGGCAUACGGAUGCACUUUCGUCUCAGUUAUCAAGAGAAAUGUCUUUGUUGGUUUCUUGACCAAAUCUCAUGAUCAAAAUCAUUUGUAUCUCUGGUGACUGGCACACACACAUUCCCUCUACCCCAAUACAAGACAGUCAAGUCAUUCACCCGACACAGGUCAGUCAAAGUCGUUCCUUUGUUCUGGUUGAUUCCACAGUGAAUGGAAAAUUACAUUCUAUUUGACUCCCUGUAAUGUAAAAGAUUGUUGGUUCAUAUGUAUUUUCUUGUUGAAGAUUGUGUGUUCAUAUUUCAAACUGACAAUAAUAAUAAAAAAUGAUCUUAAAUGCC